AUGGGCUUGAGGUUCGCAGACGAACCCACGACGAUUGAGUUCGAGAAGAUGACCUGGGAGGAAAUGGACGAAGUCUUUUAUACGGAUGACGAAAUUGGGGACUUUCGAUAUUCCGCCUUCAUGAUUAACUGUGGCCUGGAAGAAGAAGAUUGGGCUGUGCCGGAUGUGGAACCAACACCAUGGAAUAAGGAAGUGGAUGAGAUCAGGAUUAAGAAUUUUGCAACCAAUUUAAGCGAACUCAAGGAGCACCAACUCAAGGCCAAGAAAGAGCAUCAGAUGGCGGAAAUGAUGCCACGCAAGGUUGUGUCUCCUACGAACACUGCAUCCUCAAGUACUUUCAGCGGUGAUGACUCUGAGGAAGCUGAAGAUGAACCUGAACCUGAGGAAAUGGAACCUGAAAAAGAAGAUGAACCAUCUUCUUCCGAAAAGCCUGAAACAGAGGGUGAUAAAAUUGAGAACGAUGAUUCGAAGGCUGAAGCUGCAAUGGAUAAACUUCCACCAGCACCACCUCCAGCAGAACUUACCUCACCAGGGACACCACGAAAGCGACCGAGUGCCUUGAUGAGUCCACGUCGCUCACGCAAUUCCAAGGCAAACCUAUACUCUCCAGAAGCCACAACGAAACCAAAAGUAUCGGCCAUGGUCAAUGCCAUCAACCUGGAACCAGAAGAAAAAGCAGAGGAGCCACCAUCGGCACCAAGCACACCAGGCACGCCACGCAAACGACCAAGUGCCUUGAUGAGUCCUCGGCGAUCGCGCAAUUCCAAGGCAAACCUAUAUUCACCAGAACCAGCAACGACGACCAAAGCAGCAGUAUCGGUGACGAAUGUCGAUGCUAUAAGCCUGCAACCUUGUUCGCGAGAAGAAGAAAAGGAAGACGAACCACCAUCGGCACCCAGCACGCCAGGAACCCCACGAAAACGUCCAAGUGCCUUGAUGAGUCCCCGUCGAUCACGCAAUUCCAAGGCUAAUCUGUACUCUCCAGAACCAGCAACGACGACCAAACCAACAGUAUCGACCAAGCCAGCACUAUCGACCAUCAACCUAGAACCUUCGCCAGAAGAGGAACCAUCGGAAGCCACUGAAAUUGAAGAACCAGUAACUGAGCAGGACAAGAUGAAAGAAGACGAAGAAGAAAUGGAACCACAAACGGCUGAUGAUGAUUCCAAGCAAGACCACGUACUCAAGAAGAAAAAGAAGAAGAAGAAUUCAGAUGCUGGUCUGGACACAUCUUCCCAUUCUGUUGUAUCGACAGCUUCAACGAUUGAGUCUCUGGACAUGACACCACCAUCGUCUUCCAAUGAUGCCGACAAAAAGUCGCCACUGGAGGAUGUGAUUAACACAAUUGCAAGUCCGGAAACAUCGCAAAAGAAAAACUUGAACAACAAAAACAACAACAACGAAUCAUCGACAAGCUCCAUUUUCUCUGGCAACAGGACACCCGAAACGAAACGCUCCAAGUUCGCCGUCAGCAACCUCGGUUCCAGUGUCCACGUCGAGUCGACCUCGCAACGAACGAGACCUACCCUCAAGAAAACCACCUCGGCAGAUCUGGAACACAUGAAGACGACUGCUGGUGCUGCCAAUACGAAUUACGAAAAAUCGGAACGAUCGGAACGAAAGCUCAUGCGGACCCAUUCCGGAUCCGUGUCAAGAGGGAAGCGUCGCAAGACCAAGAAAAAAAAGACAUCGUCCUCCAGCAACGAUGACGACGACGACGAAGAUGAGACGUCGUCCCCUCGAAAACCAGCGAGACGACUGAAAAAAGGAGACAAGGCACACAGCAUUAGCAGUUUCCCAACAGCAGCAAUGGAAUCUCCCGCAGGAAAACCCAAGAAGAAAAAGACCAGAAACUCUGUUAGUAGCACUAAACCAUCGACGAAUGUGCGAGAACUGCCAGCCUCUCCCAAGCACCCAGCCUCUCCCAGGCAAGUACGUGCAUCAAGCCUCAAGAAUAUGAUUUCGCCUGAUACCUCUUCCACUGCUGGUCGUUCCAAAUCACCGGAUCGUUCCAAAUCACCUCGCCGCGCCAAAUCACCCGGUCGUUCCAAGUCGCCUGGCCGCGCCAAAUCACCUGGUCGUCGUUCCAAGUCACCAAAGAUUAAGAGGUCAUCUUUGCUGAACAGCGACAAUGGUGCCUCCGAUGAGACUGAUUCGCCUAAACCAAAGAAAAUGUCAUCGUUCAAACGACCAUCGUCCCUAAGAAGCAAUGCCUCGGAGGCUAGUCCGAAAAAGUCCAAAAAGAGAUCGUCGUUCAAGCGACCAUCGUCCCUCAAGCUUUCCGAGAAAAGCCGCGACGAUGCACCUGAGACUCCACAGCGCAAACCUCGAAAGGGCAUGAAGAGGGAGGAAAGUCUGAAGCUAAAAUCGGACCCAGAUGGCACAGGCCACAGUACGAUUGGAACAACAGCAAAGGGCGACAAUGACGAUGGCAAGCCUUCAUCAAAGAGCAAGAGCAAGAGCAAGAAUAAUAUGGAUGGUAGUACAAGUGAAAUGACAGCCGAAGUUGAUGACGAGAAUGACGAGAAGCCGAAAAGUUCGAGCAGCUUGGGCAGCUUCAAGAGAAGUUCGCUCAUUGGGGCAACGAAGAAAACUACAAAGCGGUUUUCAAAAUCAAUAUCUUCCCGGUCCCAAAGUAUGCUUUCCACAAUCACCAACAAAUUCAAACCCGGUUCCAAUUCCAAAAGCGAUGGCCAGAAGAAACAACCAGAGGUACAGCACAUAUCCUCAGAUCCAUCCGCAUUUGCCUUCAACGCCCUCCCGGCAGAAUUGAAGCAGAAAGUGGCUUUCUUUCUUCCCAUUGGUGACGUGAUGAACCUAAUUGCGACGUCCAAAUCGAUGCGCUCUGAAAUGAACGUUGACGUCAUUUCCUCCCCGUUGACCGAUUCCGAUUCUCAAAAUAAAGUCUAUCGUACUGGCAUGGGAACGAAGUGUAUCGUGGCAGUGCUUCCGAACUCAGAAGCAAGCCUUCAUACAAUGAGGUUUACCUGUGAUGUUCGCGUUGGUCUAAGACCGUUUGGCAGGGUCUGGGUUGUUGAGCAAAACCUUCCAGUCAAGCAAGAUCCCGAGAACCUUGAGAGUCUGGGAUGUAUCAAUUUUAUGCUAGGUCUCGAAUUCACCUACACUUGGAGAACAUGA